UAUAGCUUACAGAUUUCAGAAACCUGCAAAAUCUGUUGUGUGAUUCAUUCAAAACCAUGAUUACAAGCCGACGAAAAAACACAAAAACACAACCUUAAGAAAAUGAAGAGACAAUGAAAAGAGAACGAAACUGCCCUCACAACAUCAUCAUCUUUAAGAUUUUCAUACAAAACAAGGAACAACAUUUUCUCAUUUACACUCAAUUACCAUGGCUAAUUCUUCUUCUUCUUCCUCAAAAUCCUCCAUUUCUCCUCGUCAUCCCCCUCUUUUUACUCCUAUAGAAGAAGGGAAUGAAGAAGAGGAAUAUUCACAGGGGAGAAACAGUUUUAGAGCAGAGACAACACCAAGUGAAGUUGAAUACAGACACCAUCCUACACCUUUACAUCAACACUCUAAUAAUACAGAGAAUAAAGGCAAAGGGUGUACAAAAAAGAGGCCAGAAAAUGGAGAAGAUGACAGAGGAGUUUUAUGCAACAAAUGCAGGCCAAGUAACAGAGAGAGAAUUACUCAUGUAGUUCCUUUAGACAACAAAAACAAUUCUAUAACAAGUCCACAUGGUAUAUUCAAAUCAGUUCUCUCAACUUUAGUUAAAAAAAGUCCAAGAUUAUCAUCAUCUUCAGAUGUUGAGUCUUCUACUGGAGGGUCAAGAGAAGAACAAUGGAAAAUAGCAGUAGCUGAACUUUCACAUAAGUUAAUUCAAGCUACAAGAAAAAGAGAUGAAGCUAUUUUAGAAGCAUCAAGAUUGAAGUUUUCUAUGGUUGAGCUUGAAAAAAAGUUAAACAAGCUUGAAAUUUAUUGUCAUAGUUUGAAAUCUGGGCUUGAAGUUUGUAGCAACAAUGUUAAUUCUCAGCACCAAAUUACCAAAUCCCCUCAUCUCCAACGUGUUAAAUUUGGUGAAGAAGAUAAAGUUAUUGAACAUUUCUUGGUUAUGGUUUCUGAGGCAAGAUCUUCUGUUAGGAAUUUAAGCCGAUCAAUGACAUUUCAGUUAAGACAAAUUGGUGGUAAAGUUUAUGAUCGAAUUGCAUUACUUCUUCAACCAUAUGAUAUUAAGGUUUCAAUUUCAAGAAACCCAAGAGGGUUAAUUGUGUAUCUUGAAGCUUUAUUAAACAAAGCUUUUUAUGAGGAUUUUGAGUCAAUUGGAUUUCAAAAAGGUUCUUGUAAUCAAAUCUUGAACCCCAUUGAUCGUUGUGAAGCAAAUUUUGGUUUGUAUAAUCGUUUGAAGGAUUUAACAUGGGAAGAAGUUUUGAGUAAAGGGACAAGAUUUUACAGUGAAGAAUUCAGUAAAUUUUGUGAUAGGAAAAUGAGUGAAAUUGUGGCUAUGUUAGGUUGGAACCGUGCUUGGCCUGAACCACUUUUACAAGCUUUUUUUGGUGCAUCAAAAGCAGUGUGGUUAGUGCAUUUAUUGGCUAAUUCACUGCACCCUGGACUGCCUAUUUUUAGAGUGGAUAAAGAAAUGAAAUUUGACUCAGUUUAUAUGGAAGAUAUGGGUGGAGAUAAAGCUAAGAAAUUGGUUCCAGCCAUGGUUCGAAUCAUGGUCACACCUGGGUUCUAUGUCUAUGACAAUGUGGUCAAGUGCAAGGUGCUUAGCAGGUAUAAUAAUAGUAUUAAUAAUAUUUCAUUUGAUGGUAAUGAAAAGGGUUUAACCCCAUCACCUACAUAACAAAUUAGACAUAUGAUCAAAUUAUUAUCAUAUAAAAAUGUUUAGUUUAUUUUGGUUUGUACUUAGAUUUUGGUGGACUUUUUAAAGCAAAGUGAAAUAUUUGGCUUUUUCUUGUUGUAAGUUUUUGCAUUGUUUUUCUCAUUUACUUGGUCAAAUUGGUGAUUUU